AUGGAUAAGGAAUAUUUUCGUUUCUAUAUUAAAGUGCUCACUGCACUUCAUAUUGAACCAAUAGCUAUUCAUAAUGAAUUACAUACUGUCUUUGGUGAUGAAGCUCCUCCUUUCAGGACUGUUCAAAGAUGGUCAAAAUGGUUUCAUGACGGUCGAGAAGAAGUUGAAGACCAAGAAAGAUCUGGCAGACCUAUAACGGAGACAACAUGUGAAAAUAUUAAACAAGUUCGCGAUCUUAUUGACGAUGACCCUUAUGUUACAGUUGACGAACUCGAAGCACAAAGUGGUCCAAGCCAUGGCACUGUUCAACGAAUUAUUUCUGAUCAUUUGCAGUUGAAAAAAGUUACUGCAGGUGAUUGGAGAUUAUGCGAUGUAGUAACAGGUGAUGAAUCAUGGUUUUAUCACAAGCAAAUCGGUCGAAAAUCAUCGAAUGCUGCUUGGGUAGCACGUGGAGAUCCCUCUUCAACGGUGGUUCGACGUAGUCAUUUUGCUCCAAAAACUCUCCCGUGUAUCUUUUUCAAGUCAGCUGGUCCAGUUUUGAUUCAUUCUUUUAAACGUGGACAAACAAUCGAUCAUCAAUAUUACAUCAAUAAUUGUUUGCGACCAGUUAUUGAUGAAAUUAGGAAGCAACGACUUUUCUUAGGCAUUCAAUCAAUUAAACUUCAUCAUGAUAAUGGAAGAUCACAUAUGCAUGAAGAUGUAGUCAAUUAUCUUCAAUCGGAAGGCGUAACAAUAAUGCAACAUGCACCUAAUUCUCCAGGUCUGGCUCCAUGCGAUUUUUGGUUGUUUAAUUUAAUCAAACAAGAUCUAGAUCAUCAAGAUGAUUCAGAAUCGUUGCAUGGAGCUGUGAUCAAAUUUAUGCUUUCGUUGAGAAAAGAAGAGUAUAAAAAAACUUUUGAUAAGUGGAUCCAACGAAUGCAUUUGUGUAUAAACAACUGGGGUGAUUAUUUUAAACAUUUGAUGUAA